AUGCUUCCCACGAUCGUUCGGCGAGCGGCCGAAGCAGCCGGCUCCAAGUUCACAGUCUUCACCAACCCUUACCGAACGAAAAAAGUCUGGCCUCCCAACUUCACGAACCUGUCCCCUCAGUCACAAUUGCGAUUCGAGAAGAAGUACAAGAGACGCCUGGCAUUGGUUUAUGCACGGCCAAGAUGGAACAAGGCUGUUAAGCUUGCGCAGCUUGCCACUGUGAUUGGUUUCCUUGGCUGGACAUUUUUCUUCUCCGAGCUCGAGUUCUUUGGCAAAGAAUACAGGCCGUCUGAGGAGAUCCGAAAGCGUGUCCGCGGUCUCUUUGGCACGAUCGAAGCCGACAAGCGAUACGAACGUCGCAGAGAUGCGCCCGAAGCACCCGCUCCCAUCGAGACACCCAAAUAG